AUGCCGGGUGUUCCAUCCAACAAGGCUUGUGAGCGAUGCAAAAAGAGACAUCUGAAGUGUGAUGAGGCACGUCCCCAUUGCCAGCGGUGCAUCACCGCGGGGGUCGAUUGCCCUGGGUAUGUUCAGACACGCAAGUUUAUCGACCAGGGAGCAACAGUAAGGCGGCGAUAUGCUCCAUAUCAAGAUGCUCAUUCAAGGUCAGGCUCUGGGGGGUCCUCAAGCAGAGCAGCAAUAGAGCAAAGCUCGGAAUCUAAACACCUAGAAGAAUCUCAGCCAAAUGUUCAUCAGCAAAUUUUGCAGUGGAAUCAGCCACCAGAGCAAAACAGCCCUCUCCAUCUACAAAUGGAAGAGACAAGACUGGUCUCAAGGGAUGAUCCAAUGAUAACGGACAUGCCAGAUUCUACUCAAUCAGGGACCGAGCAGAAUGUGUCCUCGGAACACACUCAUAAUCCUUUGGAAGCAAUCAAUACUACAUACACGCCUCAUCAACCCCUUGACAUCGGGGAAAGCAAUGUGUCUACGCCAGGCACAGUUAACAAUUCGAUCUCCCCACGAGCUUCUGGGGGAUUCCCAACAUUUGAACAUACACUGAAUUCAAAUAUGACCCAAAGCCCUGGGAUCCGUGGAGUGCAAUCUUCAGAGAGCUCAUCCCACCGGAGCGAGAAGGAGGAAUUCCAAGAUAUCUUCUCGGAGCUUAUGACUGGAACCGAACAUGAAAUUGGGUUCCUCACUAGGCAUUAUUCUGAGGUUAUCGGUCCAUGGCUGGAUCUGUCCGAUGCGGGAAAGUUCUUUACCGUGUAUGCUCCUAUUCGAGCCCUUAACAACGCUUCUGUGAAAUACGCCAUCGCAGCUCUGGCAGCAAAGCAUCUGGCACGAGUCAAGGGUGUCACAUCCCCGAACGGCGGAAUUUUCACAAGCCCCGCGACGACCGAAGUCUACCCCAAUGCGACCCAGGUGGAUUGGUUUCUUAAAGCAGCGAAUUACUACUACCUGGCAGCUUCAGAGCUGAACAACCUUACUUCUGACGGCUACACAUCCGUGUCUAGCUCAGCUGUCCUAGAGUCACCUUUCGAAACAAUUCAUCGAUGGAUUAGGUCUCCCCGGAACCAACUACUCCUGAAGCCUACGAGCGAAGACCCAGACGAUGUGGCUGUAAUCCGAAAAACAGAAGAAAUGCUAGCCACAGCCGCCAUCCUCACCAUGUACAGAUUGUUAGAUAUGCCUGGUGAUGAAUGGCAUAUGCAACUCUCUCCUAUCCGCCCGUUGUUUGAGGCCCUGACAAAGGUUUACACAGCAACUUCGGCUUUAUUCUCGCAUGGAAUGCGCGCUGCAUUCUGGAACUUUGCUCGCCAGGAUUAUCUUGGUUCCUACUUCACUCGAUCCCCCACGAAUCUAGACCCAGAGAAUCUGACUCUUUGGCGCAAGGCCGGUAUCACGAUCAAUGAUCAGAAAGAAUUUGUAUUCAACCAGAGUGGAUCAAGUCUAUCGCGGGAAGAUCAAACGGCCAAUGGUUUGAUCUGGCUCAAUACAAAGGUUAUCAACUUUCUCGCAAGAUCGAAGCAGCUUCAGAUUGCGCAGUGGACAGGGUCUCCGCCAGCAACUUCGCCUGAAAGCCAAGGGCUAUCACCGACUGCUAGCCAACCGCCAUAUCCCGACACAGACACCUGGCUCAAAUUGUCUUUCGAGUUUCAAACAUGGCUCGAGAACAUACCAGAAACUUUCCGCUCUUCGGUGCGGGUUGAACGCCCCAAGGAUCUUUCUAGCACUACAGAAGGGAAACACCUGCCAUUCCCUGAAAUUUUCCACAGCUUGACAACAAGUGCUGCUGCCAUACAGCACUAUCAUUUUGGACGGAUAGCUCUGUUGCUCAAUCGACCGGCAGAUAUCAUCAGUGCGCCUUCUACGGCCUUUGAUCGUCUGCAGGGUUAUCGAGAGGUCACGAAGGAGGUCGAUUUCCGUUCUCGUGAAGUUUGUGGAAUUGCUUUAGGUCGCCCCCAGGGUGGCGUUCGUGUGCUCAUGGUCCCGAUUCUAAUUGCCGUCGGACAAUGCUUAGAGAGCGCCGAGGAACACCAGAUUAUAGUGGACCUCUUACGUGGAGUGGAAGCUGACUUAGGCUGGGCUACCGAGUAUGCUGUUCAGAAACUCCAGACUUCUUGGGAUCAAGGGGUCUAA